AUGUCAUCGAACUCAUCCGAUGCGAUAUUGAUUGCAAAUCUACUUUCGAUCUCAACUGAAAUGAAUCGUUAUUUCCCGAUUCUAAUUUUUCUAUUGGGUACCGUUGGUAAUAUUUUAAAUUGUCUUGCACUAUCUCAACGAACUCUCCGUUCGAAUCCAUGUGCGUCGUUCUUUCUGGCGUCAUCGUUUAGUAAUUUAAUAACUUUAAUUUCCGGUGUUGCUAUUCGUCUGUUAGCAGGUUGGAACGCUGAUUUAACCGACACGAAUAACUGGAUCUGUAAAAUUCGUAUUUUCGUUUUGUUUACUUCACGAACUGCUGCUUCAUGGUUGAUUACAUUCGCAACAAUCGAUCGAUGGCUUUCAUCAUCGAUUGAUUUGAUGAUCGGUGUGAAGCUAGCACGAAGGAGCUAG